AUGAUGAACCGCGCCGCUGCUCUGCGUAGGGCUUCCGCACUCGGCCCUGCGUCUGCUGCUCGCUCCCGCAGCGCUGCUGCCGCUGGUGGUGUCCGAUCAUAUGCUACUGGUGCGGAUGCUGGCUCAAGAUCCGUCACCGGUCGCUUCCUGCUAUACAGCACCGUCGGUGCCACGCUCUUUUACGGCAUCUCCACCGUGGCAGCGCUCAACAACGACCGAUACAACCACUUUUUCGUAGAGAGCAUCCCAGGCGGCGAGCGCAUCAUCGACUACCUCGACACACACGAUGUCGGCCAGGAGAUCAAGAACAUCAACCUCGGAGGCUAUGGCGACAAGGCGAUCGACGUGACCAAGACCGCGUACGACAGCGUCAGCGGCGCAGUGGGCCGUGUUCUCAGCGGCGAUGCGGGUGCAAGCGAGAGCACGGGCGAUGAGCGCGAUGCUCGUCUCAGAGUCGCCGAGGCUCGUGACAUGGCGAAAGCGGAAGCAGACAGGCUUGCGCAGAAGGCCAAGGCAGGUGCCAAGAAAAUCGAAGAUGAAGCCGAGAGUGCGCUCAAAUCCGUCCAGGACAAGACUUCGGAGCUCGUCAACCGCGCCAAAGCGGCUGCUUCAAAGGCAGAGGCCAAGGUGCGCGGCGAAGCUGCCGAUGCUAAACAGGACGGCCGGAACGUGAUCCAGCGCGCCGUUGACAGCGUCCAGGUCAUGACCGACAUUGGCGCCAACACCAAAGCCGCUCCUUCCAAGAGCGCUGCGCCUGGCAAGGGCCCCAAGGAAGAGGUCAAGCAGACCUACACUGGCGAGCUCCCUGUCAACCACGAGCCUCCUGCGGGCUACGCCGCCCCUCGUCGUGACCGAGGUCUGCAGGCACCCGACUCGGGCGCUGCCCGUCUGCGCCCUGACCCCCAAGCGCCCAAGCUGCCUCUGCUCGCCCCAUCCAUCAAGAGCCUUUCUGGGUCCGAGCCCAUGAUCGCUCAGCUUGCGGGAACCAUCGAUGAGCUCACCACGUUCCUCAAGGAGACCCCCUCGUCGGGCGCCAAGGCCAAGGGCGUGCUCGAGAACGCUCAGGUCGACCUCGAGCAGUUGAGCCAGCGUCUCGAGACCAUCAAGCGCGAAGAGGCCAAGCGUGUCGAGAACAGCUUGGCAGCGCAGGCCAAGCGAUACGAAGCGCAGAUCUCGCAGCAGUCGCAAGAGGCGGCUAACAAGCUAUCGACGCGUGAGUCGGACUGGCAAAAGUCGUUUGAGGAGGAGCGUGCCAAGCAGAUGGAGCAGUUCAAGGAGAAGCUCGAGAAGGAGCUUGCCACGCAGAGCCAGAUCAUCAAUGAGAGGCUCAAGGAGGAGGUUAUUGCGCAGGGCAUUGAGCUGCAGCGACGAUGGAUGAAGGACAUCAAGGCCAAGGUGGAGGAGGAGCGUGGCGGGCGUCUGGCCAAGCUUGACGAGCUGGCUACGGAGCUCAAGAGUCUCGAGAAGGUGAGCUUGGACAACAGCAGUGUGUUGGAGGAGAAUGUGUCGGUGCAUACGCUGUGGACGGCCGUGCGAGCCGUGCAGCAUGCGCUCGACGAUACCUCGGCUUCCAAGCGUCCGUUUGCCGAGCAGCUGCGUGUGCUCAAGGGCACCUCCAAGGCGCGCGACGACCCCGUGCUCUCGGCCGCCAUCGAGGCACUCGACACCAGUGGAGCCGCGGACACGGGCGUCGAGUCGUUUGUAACGCUCAAGCAGUGGUUCGACAACAAGGUGGGCCCGCGUGUGCGUCAGGUCUCGCUCGUGCCCUCCCCGGAGACGGCGGGCGUGCUCUCGCACCUCGCCUCGGCUGCGCUCUCGCCCAUCCUGUUCCACAAGAAGGGCCUUGUGCCGGGCGAAGACGUGCCCUCGGUCAUCGCAAGGGCCGAGUACUACCUCGACCGCAAAGACCUCGACUCGGCCACGCGCGAGCUCAACCAGCUCAAAGGCUGGCCCAAACUGCUCGCUGCCGACUGGCUCGCCGCCUCGCGCAAGCGCCUCGAGGUGCAGCAGGCGCUCGACGUGGUACAGACCGAAGCCAGCUUGGCUUCGCUCAUGGUUUCCGCCUGA